GUGGAUUUAUUUGGUCAACCUUUUCGAAUAUGGCACCCGUCCAGUCAAGACUUCUAUUUGCUCUGGCAGCUGGUUCAGCUGUUGCUGCAAUGGCUGCAGCUGUGGCAUACCACAAGAUGAAGCGUCGCCGUACUAAAAGAACUGUAUGGGUCAGAAAAUGGAUCCAGAGGAGAAAAACAAGGGGAUCGUAUGCCAUGCUAGUAGAUGAGUUGCGACUAGAGGAUCCAGGAUCAUACAAGAAUUAUUUGAGGAUGGAUGAGGAGACGUUUGAGCACCUAGUUCAACUGGUGACGCCUUACGUGGCAAGGGAAGACACCAACAUGCGCGAGGCAAUUACUCCAGCAGAACGUCUGGCGGUUACUCUAAGGUUCCUAGCCACUGGGGAAACUUUCCAGAGUCUUCAGUUUUCAACACGGCUGAGUCGCUCAACAAUCGGUGCAAUAAUACCAGAAACGUGCUGUGCAAUCUACGAAACCUUAAAGAUGGAUUAUAUCAAGGUGCCGUCGAACGAACAAGAAUGGCUCAAGGUUGCAGAGGAAUUUGAAACAAAGUGGAACCUUCCCCACUGUUUGGGUGCAAUGGACGGAAAACACGUUGUUUUCCGCCCACCAUUGCGCUAUGGCUCCUAUUUCUACAACUAUAAAGGCACCCAUAGUAUUGUUCUGUUUGCAUUGGUUGAUGCCGACUACAAGUUCUUGAUGAUUGAUGCUGGAACCAACGGUCGUGUCGGAGAUGGAGGUGUUUUCAGGAAGAGCGAUCUCAAUAACGCUAUGGCGGAUGGGACUAUACAUUUUCCUGAGGCAAAACCCUUACACGAUUGCGAUGCCACUAUGCCCUAUUUUUUCGUAGCAGAUGAUGCUUUUCCUUUACAAACUGACAUCAUGAAGCCGUAUCCAUUUAGAAAUCUUGAUAAAGACAAACGUGUUUUCAACUACCGCCUGAGUCGGGCUAGGCGUGUGGUUGAAAAUGCAUUUGGGAUAUUAGCUAACAGAUUUCGCGUGUUUCUUUGCUCCUAUUCUGCUAUCCCCUGA